AUGGCCCUUCACAACCCCAACAACUGGCACUGGGUCAGCAAGAAUGCUGGCGACUGGGCCCAGACAUGGUUGUCAGAGAACUUGACCAAGGUCUCGGCCGAAGAGGGGGGUGUCAAUGCCAAGAUCACCAAGGUGGUCAGCAUGGAUGGUGAUGUCGACGUGAGCCAGCGCAAGGGCAAGGUUAUCACUAUUUUCGACGUCAAGCUCGUCCUCGAGUACUCUGGCACCGCUCCCGAUAUCGAGGAUGUGUCUGGCACCAUCACCGUCCCGGAGGUUGCUCACGACACUGAAGAGGAUGAGUUCGUCUUUGACAUCGACAUCCACUCCGAGUCCAAGGAGAAGCAGCCCGUAAAGGAUCUGGUUCGCUCGAAACUCGUGCCCAAGCUUCGCAAGGAGUUCCUCAAGCUGACGCCAGCUCUAAUUGCUGAGCACGGCAAGGACAUUCAGCAUGCUCCCGGUUCCAACCCUUCGAGCGGAUUCUCCACACCCAAGAUCCACGCUCCUAGCGGCGCUGCCGGUCAGUCGUCUGCCGCUGCCGGCACCCAAAAGAACGCCGGCAGCGUCGUCAACACGACUACCGUGUCAGAUCAAGAAGAGUUCAGAACCACUGCCGAACAGCUUUACCUGACCUUCACCGACCCUCAGCGCCUGGCUGCCUUUACACGUGCCUCUCCGAAGAAAUUCGAGGGUGCCAAGCAGGGUGGCAAGUGGGAGCUGUUUGACGGCAACGUCUCUGGAGAGUACGUCGAGCUCCAAGAGCCCAAGAAGAUCGUCCAGACAUGGCGAUUGAACCAGUGGCCCGCCGGCCACUACUCGAAGCAGGUCAUUGAAUUUGACCAAAACGACGUUGAUGGUGUUACUGUCAUGCGUGUCAACUGGACUGGUGUGCCCAUCGGCCAAGAGGAUGUGACCAAGCGCAACUGGCUGGAAUACUACGUACGAAGCAUCAAGACUACUUUUGGAUUCGGAACCAUUCUAUGA